GGGCGGCCGCAGUGACUUCUGGGAUUUGUGGUCCCGGGGAUAGGAUUGCGGAAGAGAAAAGCGCUAAGAGUCGCCUCUUCCCUGCCAGCUUCUCUGGACUGUUCGCACGCCCCAGAUCGGGCAACCCCCUAUCCUGGGAGACCCUGCACCUACGGCAAGCAGGUAGGAGGUCGGGCGCGGUAAUUUCCGUUUCCGGUGGGCAAAGGGCAAGCGGAAUGUAAACACGGCACCCGGGGAGUGGUCAUCAGAAUGGCUUCCUUUGGAUGGAAAAGGAAGAUUGGAGAGAAGGUCUCAAAGGUCACUUCCCAGCAGUUUGAAGCUGAAGCUGCUGAUGAGAAGGAUGCAGUUGAGAACGAUGAAGGGAACUGGCUUCAUGCCAUUAAACGGAGGAAAGAAAUUCUCCUUGAAGGCUGUGCUGAGAAAAGUAAACAGCUGAAGGACGAAGGAGCCACUUUGGCUGAAAAUAAAAGAUACCAAGAGGCGAUUCAGAAGUGGGAUGAAGCACUGCAGUUAACCCCAAAUGAUGCUACCCUGUAUGAGAUGAAAUCACAGGUCCUAAUGUCUCUUCAUGAAACAUUCCCAGCAGUUCAUGCUGCGGAAAUGGCUGUCCAGAGAAAUCCACAUUCAUGGGAAUCUUGGCAAACUUUGGGACGUGCUCAGCUUGGAUUAGGAGAGAUAGUCUUGGCAAUUCGAAGUUUUCAAGUAGCCCUUCACAUCUAUCCAAUGAACCCUGAAAUAUGGAAAGAAGACCUUUCUUGGGCAAGAACGCUCCAGGAGCAGCAGAAGGUAGCACAGAGGAUUAAAAAAAGUGAAGCACCAGCAGAGGUAACACAUUUCUCACCAAAGUCAAUUCCUGAGUAUGACUUUGAAAGUGAGGAGAUUGUAGCUGUUUGUGCAGCUAUUGCUGAAAAACAGAAGACAGUUGCAGCAGAUAAAACAAUGGUUAUUGUGUCGGCUUCUGGGACUGUAGAGACUGUGACUGAGAAGGAAGAUGGUGCUGCUCCACCAGAUGGCUCUGUUUUUAUCAAAGCCCGAUGAAGCUUAGCAGGAAUCAUUUGAAUCUAUCUUUGCCACCUAAAUUUUAGCCGUGGGGGCGUUUAGAGAAGCAGGGCAAAACUCCUGUUUGUAAAAUAAGUUUUUCAGAUGAGGCGUAUAAAAACUAAAUGGAAGAAUUAUUGUGUAGCGUUUGGACUCUGCUUUGAUAAGCUAUGUAUGAUUUCAGCUUCUUAAGAUUAAAAUUCUGGGUACAGUGGUUUUUUGAUUAAUAAGCUUAAUUUAAUCCAAAUACAUAAGUGAAUGCAUUUUAAAGAUACAACUUGAAAAAUAAAUUCUCAAAGAGUGAAUAACUUGAUGGCCAGUGUUAUUAAAAUAUUGACUUGUUGGCUUUUAUGAUAAAGGAAGUAGGCUUCUUUCCCUGCUAGAAAUACACUGCUGUUACUAUUCACUCUUCUUUUUCUCUUCUUUCAUUAGAGUAAGUCUGUCACAAAGCUUGAAUCUUUUUGACAUUCAUUCUGAUUCAAAGUUGUCAUUUGGUUAUAUUUGGGAUCCUUGAAAGUUUGACUGAAAAUGCAUGCAAAUGUGUACAUUCUGAAUACUUUCUGAAGUUUCUCUUAAUUCUGAUUUGUGCUUUUGUUUUGACUUUAUUUAUAACAAUGGUAGUUGCUAGUUUCAGUAUUUGUUAGAUGUGUGAAAUACUGAUAAAUGUCAGAAUCAUGGUUUUAUUUUUUAAAUUAUUAAAGUAGAUAGAGUAGUCCUUAGCACCAAGUGAGUCAUUUUUAAGAUGUGCAUUUUUUAAAACGAAUGGCUCUUAUAGAUACAUCAUAACAAAUUGCACUGCUUUUGUCCCAGUCAAAAGCAGUUAUUUUCUUUUCCUUACUUUUACAAGAUUAAAAACCUUGAAAAUAACUUAUCUCUUGAUAUAACUUUCCAGCUGAUGGUUUGGAAUUCCUUUUCUAGUUAACUUUUCUGGAACUACUCAGUGAAAUGAGAAACAAUCACAGUUUUAAAUAGCUAAAUUAUACCUUUCUAAAAAUUGGAAAAAAAAAAAGUAGAGAUUUAUUAAAGUGCCAAUGAGUGAAUACCUUAGGCACAACAUACAUAGAAACUGAAAUGUGAUUUAUGGUUCAGUCCCAUGAGUAGAAAGGAUAUAUUGCAGAAUAUAUUUCAUUGAAAGGCCACAGUCACAUCCACAAGUCAAUACUGUCAUUGCUAAUGUUAAUUGUUAUUUUUAUGCCACAUAUAUGUUAGUACAGUAGAACUGCUGUGUACUGUUAACUUCUGAAACUCAGGAAGCUAUUAUUGGUUUAAAAUUAAUUUUAUCCUUGUUAGAGAGGAAGUAAGUUAUUUUAAAGAAUCUUACCUUACCCUCUGAGGGCAUGUACAUGUAAUAGUGUACACAUUUUUCUGAGAUGAUUUAAAAACAUUUCUUUUAGUGGAAUGCUUACCUCUUUUUUUCAGAGUUGGAGAAGCCAGCACUUGCCUUGAAAAGUAUUAUAUUUUUUCCCAAAAGUUGUAUCAGAAAGUUAGCUCGGUUAAAGAAGUUAGUUUUAGAAAGAUCCAAAAAACAAAUAUUAAUUAUAUUUUAUUUUGUUUAAUAAGGCAUAUUCUCAAAAGGCAGAUAGUUGGGUAUCGAGAGAAGUGAGCACUUACUAUUUCGUACGUUGUUUCGAGUAAUGGAUGUUUAUUGUAUAAUUUGUGAAUAAAUAGGUUUUUUCUGCA